CUUUUCCUUCUUAUCGGCGGCCAUUACAUUGUGGUGGAUUUAGAAUCCGUCAGAAUCUUGGCCAAAAAACUGCCAUCAUGUCCGAGCAACUUGUUCUAAAGGGAACUCUUAAGGGUCACAAUGGAUGGGUCACUCAGAUUGCCACGAAUCCUACGAAUCCAGAUACAAUUUUGUCUAGUUCUCGAGACAAAACCAUCAUCAGCUGGAAGUUGACCAGAGAUGAUACCAACUAUGGUAUUCCAGAUAAGUGUCUUAGAGGACACAAUCACUUUGUAUCUGACGUUGUCAUGUCAUCUGAUGGACAGUUUGCUUUAUCUGGUUCUUGGGAUAAAACCCUCCGUCUGUGGGAUCUGAAUGCUGGAGUGACCACUCGUCAGUUUGUCGGCCAUACCAAGGAUGUCCUGAGUGUUGCUUUCUCUGCUGACAACAGACAAAUCGUGUCAGGAUCCAGAGAUAAUACCAUUAAACUGUGGAACACCCUUGGUGUUUGCAAGUACACCAUCAAUGAAGAAAAUCAUACUGAGUGGGUUUCCUGUGUGCGAUUUUCACCCAACACUGGUAACCCCAUUAUUGUAUCAGCAAGCUGGGACAAACUUGUCAAGGUGUGGAAUUUGACCAACUGCCGUCUAAAGACCAACCAUGUUGGACAUACAGGGUAUCUUAACUGCGUCACAGUGUCUCCUGAUGGCUCAUUGUGUGCAUCUGGUGGCAAGGAUGGUCAGGCCAUGCUUUGGGACCUCAAUGAAGGCAAACACUUGUACACAUUGAAUGGUGGCGAUAUCUUGAAUGCCAUGACAUUCAGUCCCAACAGAUACUGGCUUUGUGCAGCUGCAGGCCCUAGCAUUAAAAUCUGGGAUUUGGAAGGCAAGUCACUUGUCGAUGAGCUUCGUCCUGAGAUUAUUAACAUGGGUGGCAAAGUUCAAUCUGCUGAUUGUAUUUCUCUGGCCUGGUCACCAGACGGACAGACACUAUUUGCUGGCUAUACAGACAGUGUUAUCAGAGUGUGGCAAGUCACAAAAGCUUAGAUCCCUCCAUUAGACCAAUUAUUGUAUAAUAAUUGAAACAAUAAAAAGUUCAAUUCCACCUUA